AGUUCGUAAAUAUAUAACCCAAGCAAACAGAAGGGAGGUUAUUUUUGUCCAGAGAGUUGUCCCCUGAAUCAAUCCGAUUAGGGUUCUUCGUCGAAGCUAGUAACAUCAAAACACAGAACAAUCAAACCACGCGGUUCCUGUAAACCACUGCACACCAGGUACGUUGCACGCGUUUCUCAAUUUCUCAUUAACGCGUCGAAUUUGAAUCGCGACGUUUCUUACUGAAUUUUUUCUCGCUUGCACGACCUGGAUCGUGACCGUUAGAUCUAUACUUUUGAACUUGGAGUUGUAAUUGUGAUUAGAUAUGUACAACGGCAUCGGGUUACAGACCCCGAGAGGGUCCGGGACCAACGGUUACAUUCAAACGAACAAGUUUUUCGUCAAGCCGAAGACGGGUAGGGUUACUGACAACACCAAGGGUUUCGAGGCUGGUCAAGGCACGGCUGGCGUCACUAGGAAGGCCAACAAGGAGAUCCUCGAGCAUGAGCGUAAACGUCAGAUUCAGCUUAAGCUCGUGGUGCUCGAGGACAAGCUUGUUGACCAGGGUUACACGGAGGCCGAGAUUGAAGAGAAGCUUGAGGAAGCUAGAAGGACGUUGGAAGCCGCCUCAGUUUCUGAGGAAAGUGGUGGAGAUGCAAAGGUGUCUGCAACAGAAACUCACAAAAUUGCCGCUAGAAAGGAGAAGCAGAUGGAACAAUUUAGAGCUGCUCUUGGUAUAAGUACGGCUGAAACUAAUGAGAGAGCUGGAGGAGGGGACGAUGGAACAGGUGGUCCAAAGAAUGGUUUGAAUGAUGAUAGCAAUUGGCUUGAGAAAGGUGAACAUGCUUUUUUGGAUAGAGAGACCAGCUGGAAGAGACAUAUAGCAGAAGAUGGAAAAGCUGAGAAGGAUGAUAAGAAAAAGGUUGAUAAAGAUGUGAAACAUAAGAAGGAUGAGCCUCGGCGCCACAAGGGAGAUAGUAGAAAGAGAAGACAUAGGGAUGAUUCUUCUGAUUCGGAUAGCAGUAAUAAGCAUAGCGAAGGGAUUUCAAAGAAGCAUCAUAAACGUAGCCUGAGGAGUGAUUCUGAGAAUGAGACUGAUAGUGACCAUGGUAAGAAAACAAGUAAAUCUUCAAAGAAGCACAAGAAAAGCAGAAAAAAUUUAAGUGACAGUUCUGAUUCUUCUAGUGAUGAUGAUGACAUUGGUAAGGUUAGUUCCAAAAGGAAAGUUGAUAAAUAUGGAAAAUCUCAUAGGAGGCAUGAUUCGGAUGAUAGUUCUGAUUCUGAUGAAGGCUUCUAUAAACAGAAGACUCAGAAGGGGAAGCAGAAUAUAAAAACAAGAGCACCACAUGAUUCUAAGGAUGACUCUGAUACCAGCAGUGGGAUGGAAAAGAAAAGAAGUCAAAUUGGAAAACAGAACUAUCAGCAGGGUGGAAGCCAUAGGAGAGAGGGAGAAAAUUCUGAUGUGAAGCCUCAUAGGAAGAGCAAUAAUGAUAGAUAUGGAAAAAGCUCUAGAAGUAAGGAUGAUGAUGACUUGGUAAAAAGGAGCCAUAAGAGGAAUGAGUCAGAUGAUGAUUCUUCUGAUGCUAGUAUUGAUGAAAAAAUUGAGAAGGGUAGGAGAAGCAGGAGACAUGAUUCUGGUGAAGAAGAUUCAGAUUCCAGUUAUGAGAGAACAAGGUCCAAGGCAACUGAAAAGAAGUCAUCUUCUCUGACUGAUGACAGUGAUAACAGUGACUCUCAUAAAGGAAGCAGUGACAGUGAUUCAGACAAUAGUGGGAGUGAUGACAGACAUGAGAGAAGUGGGAAAAACUCUCUGGGUAAAAAAAGAAGUGGACGUGGAGAUGCUGUUAAUGAUAGAGGUGGACAAAGUGGUCCUGGAUCAAGUCUUGCUUUAAGUGACAGAAGGCGAGGAAGAAGUGAUCUUGACAAUGAUGUCGCAUUAGAGACAUUGAAAAAACUAGAAGAGAAAAGUCUGCACCAUUAUAGGGGAGAUGCUGGGGAUAGGUAUAGAUCCACCUCUGGACAUGAGGAAAGGAUGGCAGGUAAGAGGAAGUUUGAUGACGGAAACAGGGAGGAGCAUACGGAAUCAAAAUUAAGAAGUCGGAUUGUUGGGAAGGACACUGAGCACAAAGAUCAUCCUGCAGAUGUGAACCUUGAGUCUGAAAUGGGCUCUAGACUGUAUAGAAACAAGGAUAUUCAGAGGGUGGAUGAUUGGGAUUACAAAGAGAAUGCAGGGGGAAGAAAGCAAAGCAGGGAUAAUGGGGAGCGUAAGGAGAGAAAGUACCAAAGAGAUCAGGAAGAGCAUGCUGGGGGAAGAAGGCUCAGUAGGGAUGAAGAAGAGCGUAAAGAGAGAAGGCACCAAAGAGAUGAGGAGGAGAAUGGAGGGGGAAGGUGGUAUAGCCGAGAUGAAGAGGAGCGUAAAGAGAAAAGGUUCCGAAGAGACGAGGAAGAGCAUGUAGGGGGAAGAAGGCACAGCAGGGAUGAAGAGGAGCGUAAAGUGAGAAAGCGCUAUGAAGAUGAGGAAGAGCAUGCAGGGGGAAGGAGGCACAGCCGGGAUGAAGAGGAGUGUAAAGAGAGAAAGCGCAAUGAUGAUGAGGAAGAGUAUUUAGGUGGAAGAAGGCACAGCAGGGAUGAAGAGGCGCGUAAAGGGAGAAAACACCAAAGAGAUGAGGAAGAGGAUAGCAAGUAUAGAAGGCAUGGAGAAUAUGAUGAAGGGCUUCAUCAGGGUAGUCGAAAGCAUGGAAGAGGGGAGGAAGAUGAAAGAGGAAGUAAAGGUCGUGAGCGUGAAAAACAAUCUGAUUACUCCAAAAGAGGUAGAUAUGAUGAUUCUCGGUCAAGUGAGAGAAAGAGGUACAAAGGUGAUGAUGAUUGGGGCAGAUAUUGAGACUAGAGAUUCUUUAUGAGAUUCAGAGUAUAGCUGCCUUGCCAAACCAAUUCCGACUAAGUAGACAUUCUUCAAGAGCUGAACGAGUUCAUUAAGGUUUAGGGAGGUGGAAACUCUGCUGCAUGUAUUGGGUGAUACAGAGCAACUGUUGAUUUCUAUGAGAGGUUUUUGAUCUCUCAUACAGUUAUCUUGUACCAGUUUGUGAAGGCGUAUUGCUGAAUAAGAUUUUCACUCUUUGUUGAAUGAAUGUGUACUUAGUUUAUUAUGCUAAGGUUACAGUGGGGAAUGCUCGUGGCUUGGCUGGAAAACUUGGGUGACAAAUAUUACUUGCUAUCUCACAAUGUACUUGGUUUGAUCUAAAGGGAAAUGAAACCCUGAGUAAUAUGUUUUGAUAUUGGUAGAUGAUGAUGAUCUACAUCUACCUGGUUUUGUUGUCUUUUAAGGAUUUUAUUAUUUUAACAUAAAACUUAUUCCAUGUUGUGAGAAACAUGAUUCUAAUUCUUGAAUCAUAGUAUAGAUGAUAAGAGUUUUGAGUAUUAUAAUUUAA